CGAGUUUAGAUUGCAUUCGUUGCAGUAUCUCACAGUCUCCGGCGAUGGAGAUGAAGGCUGAAAGCAAGAAAAACGACGAGGUCCUCAGCAACUGCAGCCUCCUCUCUGUCAGACCUUAUGUCGCUCCGUCCUGGGCCUCACACCUAAAUCCAAUCCCCACUCACUUCUCUUCUCUUGCACAUGUUCCUACUCCCAUUCACAAGUGGAACCUUCCUAAUCUGCCCAACAACACCGAGGUCUGGCUCAAGCGUGAUGAUUUUCAGGGAAUGCAAAUGAGUGGCAAUAAAGUCAGAAAAUUAGAGUUCUUGAUAGCAGAUGCUUUGCAACAGGGUGCGGACUGUAUUAUAACCAUAGAAGCCAUCCAAAGCAAUCACUGCCGGGCUACUGCUGUGGCUGCAAAGUAUUUCAAUCUUGACACUUAUCUUAUUCUAAGCACUUCCAAGGCCCUUGUGAAUCAAGACCCUGGAUUGACUGGAAAUCUCCUUUUUGAGCGGUUAGUGGGAGCUCAUGUUGAACUUGUCUCAGAGGAAGAUGCAAAAAUUGGAAGCGUGGCACUAACAGAUUAUCUAAAGUCAAAAUUAGUCGCUGAAGGAAGAAAGCCAUAUGUUAUUCCUAUUGGAGGAUCGAAUUCCCAUGGAACUUGGGGUUAUAUUGAAGCAAUUAGGGAGAUUGAGCGGCAACUGGAUACUGGAAUCGACAAGAUCAAGUUUGAUGAUAUUGUAGUAGCUUGUGGCAGUGGGAGCACAGUCGCUGGUCUAGCAUUGGGAUCAUGGUUGAGCACAUUGAAGGCAAAAAUUCGUGCAUUCUCCGUUUGUUAUGAUCCUGAUUACUUCCACAAGUUGGUUCAAGGUUUACUCGAUGGCCUUCAUGCCGGUGUUGACUCACACGAUAUAGUUGAAAUCCAAGAUGCAAAGUGUCUUGGCUAUGCAAUUAGCACGCCUGAUGAGCUUAAUUUUGUAAAAGAAGUCCCUGAAUCCACGGGCGUUGUUCUUGAUCCAGUAUACAGCGGGAAAGCAGCUUAUGGUAUGAUGAUAGACAUGUCUGAGAAUCCAAAGAAGUGGGAAGGGAGGAAGAUUCUGUUCAUUCAUACUGGAGGACUGUUGGGACUGUACGCCAAAGCUGAUCAGCUGGGCUCAAUGUUGGGGAAGUGUAGUCGUUUGGACGUUAAUGAGUGUGUGCCUCGAAUCAAUGGAGUUAGGAAAAUGUUCUAAAACAUCGCAAUAAAGUUUCUUAAUAGAUGUUUGAAUUAUCAGGGAUUGGAACAUAUUAUUAUUAAUCAUUUUAUGAACGCUUACUAUUGAAAGUCCAAUAAUAUAUGACUUUUCUUUAUUUUGUAUAUGCUAGAAGUAUCCAUGAGUGCUGAUUCGAAUCAUUCGAUAGUACUUUUGUAUUUUAUGAAAUUAUUUAUGACAUUCUUUUCUUUUUUUGUUUACAGGACAAAAGGUAACGUAUUGGAUUACAGAAACUCUAAAAUAAAAUUUUAGGGAUUAAUUUUGCUUCUCUCAGUCUUUCUCCAGGGCGAUCCAUGGUGUUGGUCAAUCCAAAGCUUCAACCAAUGAUUAGAGUUGAACUUGAAUGGCUGCGAUGGUGAUGUACAGAUUAAGGAUUGAAGGCUAAGUAAAGAAUAUUUGUUUGUAAUUCUAAAGCUUAUGAAGAAACCAUUUCCAGAAGAAACCACAUAACUUCUUGUGUGACACUUGCAAAAGAAUAUUUCUUCUCCAUCUCUGCAGAUUUCUUGUAUAUAAAAACAGAGGGGUCACCAUAUGGACUGCAUUCAAUCAAAUUAGCCGCGAAGUAAACCAACAAUGGAGAAAGGUGAAGCUUCGAAUGUGUCGUACGAGGAAUUCGAGCCUUUCUGCAAAUGGAAAAAACUCGACGACUCCGACGUUCAUGUUCUUGAGGUUCAUCUCCCAGAAUUCAAGAAAGAAGAAUUGAGGGUUCGGAUAAAGAACAACUCUAUCCUUGCAAUUUCCGGCGAGCACCUCGCCAAUGAUGGGAAGAAGAUGCAAUUCAACAGAGAAAUCAAACUCCCAAAGGAUAUAUACCCAGACCAAAUCCGUGCCAAAUUCGGUGGCUCUGUCCUUUCUAUCACGAUGCCUAAGAAACCCAGCUCGGCGGAAAGCAGCAAACCAAAGGCGGACGCCGCCUCGGAGGGUAAUGACACAGCACCCAAUGAUGAUGGUAAGCCAAAGAACUUGAUAUCCAGGUUAACAAGUCCAUUAUCGAGGCUGAAAUUUAGCAAGAAAAAGGCGACGGCUUUGGCGGCGGCAGUGGUGAUUCUGGCCUUCGGAGCUUACUACUUGAUUAAAAACAGGGAUUAAAUUAUAUUCUUUGUUCGAACUGCAUACAUAGAAUCAAAUUGGAUUCACCAAUAAUAAAUCAUUCAUGUUCAUUAACUAAGAGCCACUGAUUAAUCUACCCUGUGAAGCUGAGAGUUCAAUGGUGGGGGGCUUCCCAGAUUAUCCCCUUGGAUUUCAUUGAUGAUAGUUGUGUUCGUGUCUAUAAUACUUGCAUUAUACAU